GUGUGUUUGUUAAUAGUCUUUCUUGGACACCUGAAUAUCUCUCUCAAACUAGUCAUGACGUCCUCACUCUCUCGGAGAUAGAAUUCCUGGAUUCGUCUUCGUUUAAACCUUAUCCUCUCCAUUUCCUUAAGAACAUGCCUCUUUGUUUGUGUCGUUUUCAAUCAAAACGGAUGUUACCAUCAUUGAUCGAACUCCUUUGGAUAUUAUAACAAACAAUUCUACAUGAGGAAUUAUUCUCCCAUGGGUCUAUCUUUACCACUUUGUGUCUCCAUCCAGGCCUCCAAUGAAGCCGAAACGAGGACGAAGAAAUUCGAUGAUCUUUAUGAAGAUCUCGAAGACUUUUACAAUAUUGUCGAAGACCUUGACCAAUGGAUGGACACAGCUGUUGAGAAGGGACACGGUAUUAAGGUCUCCCAGCAAGAUCUCGAAGUCCAAUACGGGAUGCUCAAGAAAUAUGUCGAAGAGCUGAAAGCAAAAGAGGGUGAUAUUUCAGCUUUGGUUAAACUUGCUGACAAAUUCCGUGAUGACACCCAGGAAUUUAUGAAUGGAGUUGACCGGUACCGUAAAUGUGUCCACAUUCUUCCAACCAUCAAAGAAGAAACAGAAGAAUCGGCAAUGAUUGAUGAUGAAAUCGAGGCCCUGGAGGGCAAAUAUCGAUCGAUUGUGCAAGAAUCCGAACGUUAUUUGGCAAAGUUGGCCUUCGCCCUAAAACAUGACAAAAGCUUCCAAGAACUUUCCAACAAACUCAAUUCCAAUUAUUCUGAUAUAAAAGCCAAGUUUGAUGGAAUCACAGAUGGUUCUGAUGCCACGAAGGAUUCCAGUGAAGCCUACCAACUUGAAAAGGUGAAGCAGUUGAAAGUUAAUGUUUUGAAUCAAGAGAAACGAAUACGAGACUUGCAGCAUGUUGGCACUAAAUUGGUCGAUGAACUAAAUGAGCUGAACAUGACACCAAAAGCGAACAGUGUGAAAGAUGUGAUGGAGAAUAAGAAAGCUGUUCAUAAAGACCUUUACCAUGCCAUCGAGGGUAAAGAAGGAGUCUUGAAUUCAGCAUUGUCUGAAUCUAAGAAUGCGAUAAAGCAGCUUGAUAAUCUUGGAGUGCAGUUGUCUUCGAUUGAAGAUGAACUCAUGAGGAAUCCAGAAAUCUGUCUCGAAAAGCAAGGUUUGGAAGAACAGAUCCACGAACAGAGAAGGAUUCAAGCUGACCUGAGCACCAACAAAACAUUACUGGAGAAUCUGUUGAAGGAAUCCUCAGAUGUUAAUGGUGCCAGAGAAAAAAUCUUGGACUUAAAUGAACGCAUUGCAAACGUAGAGUCGUUGUCAGAGAGACGCAUUUCUGAUCUGGAGGAGGUGAUGGGUAACAUUGAAGAUUUGGAGGACAAAAUUGGAGUGAUGAAAUCUUGGUUGACGUCUUCUAUUGGCAUGAUUCAGCAGAAUGGUGAAGGACCCUCGCAGAACUUACAUAUGUUUAAAUCAAAAAUAGAUGCUUUGUAUGCUGAGAAGAAAUCUAAAGAACCUGAUAUAAAUGACAUCAAGGAAUUGGUAAAACACAUUGCUGGAAAGGAGAACGUGUCCAAUGGAUGUCAUUUGAAAGAAGCUGCUGCUGAUGUACAAGAAGAAUGGCAUCAACUUACAGAAUUAUUGGUCCAGAAAGUUUCAGUCGAGGCUUUGACUGAAAUUGAAAGUAUGUUGAAAUACAUGGAUAAAGCUGAGAAUGAGAUCAACACAGCUGAGUCUGUGAGUUCUGAUCCUGACACACUCACUGUUCAACUGAGAGACCACCAGGUGUUCCAUGACGAUCUCAACAUGAAGAGAAACUGCGUGAAAGAGAUAAUUAAUAAAUGUAAUCUCAUGUUGCGAGAGACAACCAACACGCAAACAGAAGCAAUUAAAUCACGGCUCGAUAGCAUCCAGACCCAAGCAGAUAUCGUUUGUCAACUCAGUUUGGAUCGCUUGCAACACCUUGAAAGUGCCUUGCCCCUAGCGUCCCAUUUUAGUGAGAACCAGGCGGAAAUAUCUGCUUGGCUUGAAGAAAUGGAGGCAGAGCUUAAAACUCAAAACACAUCUGGUGAAAACUUGGAUCAAGUGAAAAAACAAUUGGAUAAUUUGAAGGUUACUCAGAAGAUCAUCGAGGAUCACAAGCCAUUUGUUGAAGACCUGAAGGAUACAGGCAUGGAAUUAAUGGAAUUCUGUGGGGACGAUGAUUCUGAUGACCUCCAAAAUAAGUUGCUAAACAUUAUUACAAAAUACGACAAUUUGAAGUUACAAGCUCGACAAAAAGCCCAGAAACUUAUGGAACAACGAAAAGCCAUGACACAAGAGGUUUCUGAUACUCUAGAAAACCUUCUUGAGGAUUUAGCUGAAAUGGACCAGACCAUCAAUAAUGUUGACCCAAUUCCAGCAACUCCAGACAAAUUAUAUGAAGAAAUCGAAGAUAAUAAAAUGAUCAUGGAACGUCUCCAAAAACACCAAUCUAAUGUCGAAAAUGCCCAACAGUCUGUCGUCCGACUAAUCAACCAAGGAGUGGAAGACCAAGCAGAAAUUGAAGAAAUGAAUGCUAAAGUUGGUGAAAUAGUAAGAUUGGCACAAAGUGUGUCUUCUGCCGCACUGGAACGAGACCGACAGCUAAACCAAGUGGUUCAGGUGUCCUCGAAGUUCUACGAUAUGUGUAACGAGGUGAAGACAACAAUAAAAGACCUGCGAGAUAAUCUAUAUUCUCAAGAGCCACCUGGAAUUGAUCCUCCAACCAUAAAAGAGCAACAGAAGGAAUUACUGGCUAUCAGGAGCUGGCUUCCAGUAUCACGACAGAAACUUUCUGUCAUGAAAGUUCCAUCGACAGAUAAGGCUGCACUAAGGCACCAAAUUGAAGAACUUAAGCUGUUCAAGAUGCAGACGCACCCCCAUGUAGCUGAUGUGGAUACCCUCAAUCAACACAUGACUGCACUGAAUGACCUUUCACCUGUGGCAGCAGAAUACCUCAUGAAGCCUGUCAGUGACAUUAAUGAACAAUGGAACGAUCUAAUUAAAGGAAUUGCUGAUCGAGAGUCCAAUUUGAAUGAGACCCAAGUAAAAGUCGGAGAAAUUGAUAAUGCCAUUGAGAAUGUGCUGGGAAGUUUGACUGGCAUAAAGACUGACAUUGAUAGCUUGGAUGAGGUGAUCGGUGACUCCAAGUGUAUUGAAACACAGCUGAAAAAGCUUCAGCUGAUCCAAGAUGAUGUAAAGAACCAAAGCUUAACGACUUCCAAGUUAAAGAAUGCUGUUGAUAAUUUGAUCUCAAGAUCUGGUGAUGCUGAUUCUCCUCUUCAACGGAAGACAAAUGAGGUUUCUAAAUUGUUAAGAGAAGUUGAAAUCAAAACUAAAGAUCAAGAAAACAAGCUUCAAGAAACUCUUCGUUAUGUAAAGAAAUUCUCUGGUGACGUUGACGAUAUGCUUCAUUGGAUUACGGAUCUCCGUAUGGAACUGAAGUCUCAACCCCCGUUUGGGGCUCUUCCAGAAACAGCCAGAGGACAACUGGAUAAUUUCAUCAAACGAUGUGAAGAACUUGAUAUCAAAGAAGAUUGUGUCAAAUCUCUGCAAAUAAAUGGUCAAGACAUGAUGGAUCGAUGCCAACCAGAAAAUAUUUUCCAACUCAGUGAAAAACUGAAGAAGUUACGAGAAAGAUGGCACGAAACGAAGAACAGAACUCUGAGACGAAGAGACAAAAUGAAAGAACAUCUGCAACAUGUUGAAGAAUUCCACACGACUUUAAAGAAAUUCUCUGAUUGGUUGAACUCGGCUGAGACGUUGAUGCGAGGUUUUAAGUUCCCCAGUAAAAUUGUGGAGAAAGUGUGUGAACAAAUAAAAGAACAUGCUGACUUCAAGAAAGAUGUUCAGUCAUACACAGAGUGGAUGCAGAAGUUGGACCGCACCGGUACCUACUUGAAAUAUUUUGGUAGAAAACAAGACACUAUUUACAUCAAAAACCUUUUGGUGGGCAUCAGGUUACGAUGGAAAAAGCUCUUGCGAAGAACUGACGAGAGGGAACGCCUCUUGCAACAAUCCUACCACGAAGACAGACGGUUUGAAGAAUCGUGGAAGGAUCUUUGCGAUUGGUUAGAUUCCAGUGAAGACAUGCUGACCUCAUUCCUCACGCCACAAGUGCAAGCUUCUCCUCUCACACAAGUCAACAAAAUGAAAGAGGAAAUGGAUGAGCUGAAGCCAAAACCAGUGGAUAUGGAAACCCGUAUAAGCCAAUUGCUCCACGUUAAGCUCUUUCAACACCAACUGGCAGCUAAACAUUCCUUGUACUAUUCCACUACAAGACUUGGCCGUAAUCUUAAAGACCGCUGCACAAAAAGCGACCAAGAUCGAGAUAUUCUUCAAGCAAUGUUGGACCAACUGAAAAACAAGUGGAACCUUGUUCGAUCUGUUGUCUCUAAAAGCCAGAAUAAACUUGAUGAAGCCCUGCUGACAUCUGGCCGUGUGUCCGAUGCCUUGAAUUCACUGCAAGAAUGGUUGAGUAAAGCAGAAGCAAUGCUGUCUAAAGACGAAUGUAUACUUGGAGAUUAUGAUACUGUAAAUCUAUUAAUAGAACAACACAAGUCAGUGCAACAAGAACUGGAAGCUCGGGAACAAACUUUGGAAGCCCUGAAGUCUGCUGGAAGCAUACCUGAACAACACAUUGAGGAUCUGGUAUUUUUAUGGAAACGGAUUAAUUUAUUGAGUGAAAGUCGAGAGGCUCGUUUAAAGGAGGCAUUAACUUUGGCUGAUGAAUUCCAAGAGGUUGUCCAAGUGAUGAGAGAAUUUCUUCCAACUGUAGAAUCUGAGUUAAAAUUCCGACCCCUACCUGAUGAUGAACUUUCCAUUAUUCAUUUGAUUGAACGACAUGAAAAAUUCCAAGAACGUCUUCGUAAUCACCAAGACACAGUCGACAAAAUCAAGGUCCUUGCUGAAAGAAUUUUAAAACACUGUCACCCAAAUGCUGUUAGAUUCGUCAAAUAUUACCUUACAAUUACUCAAACGCGGUGGGAUCAAUUGAUACAGCGAUCCCAUUCACGAGCACAACGACUGCAGGACGCAUUGAAGAGUAUUCAGGGAAAUGCUGCUUUAUUGGAAGAAUUAUUGGCCUGGUUAACAGACUGCCAAGUAUUAUUGGCAACGAAAGAAAAAGACCCAAUUCCAGAGGACAUUCGAGUUGUAGAGACCCUAUUAAAAGAGCACCAGGAUCUUCACGAAGAAAUCACAAGUAAAAAUGCCGAUGCUGAUCGACUGACCAAAAUAGUGACAAGUGAAUCAAAAUUAUCUCAAGGACGGCAUUAUGGAAGUAAUUGGAGAUUAAAUGAAAUCGAUGGCCACAAUCCACGAGUUAUUGCUCUGCAGAAUAAAUGGAGAACAGUGUGGCGUAUGUCUGUAGACCGCAAGAAGAAAUUACAGGAUGCGUUGGAAACUUUGAUGGAGCUUGAAAGUUUUAAGAACUUUGAUUUUGACCUGUGGCGUCAACGAUAUCUGGGCUGGAUUCAAGAAAAGAAACUUCGCAUCACAGACUUCUUCAGGCGGCAGGACAAAGACUGCGAUGGAGCUUUAACUCGUAAAGAAUUUGUAGAAGGAAUGAUACAAACCAAAUUUCCAACCAACAAAACAGAACUUAAUGCUGUAUUCGAUAUUUUCGACCCCAACCACACUGGAAAAAUUGUCUACAGAAACUUUAUUGCUGCCUUGAAACCAGACAGACAUAAACAAGCUCGUCUGAAGACUGGUAAACGCCAAGCUACAGAUUCUGAGAUGAUUCAUGAUGAAGUAGAACGUCAGAUUUCUCAGUGUCAAUGCCGACAUCAGUUUAAAGCAGAAAGAAUUCAAGAUGGACAAUACAGAUUUGGUGAGAAUCUGAAAUUGAAGUUGGUCCGCUUCCUUAACAGUUGUGUUAUGGUGAGGGUUGGUGGAGGUUGGGUCACGCUUGAUGAAUUCUUGGAAACCAACGAUCCUUGUCGAGCCGGCAGUUAUGGUUCUCCAUCGUUAAGACGUUCUAAAGUGGGUUCGUCUAUGAUUAAUCUGUCAGCUGCUGGUAACAACUCUCCUUAUGACCAUUCUGAUAUUGGUUCCAAUGGAAAUCUGAGUCGCAGCAAACGGCUGAGUAUCUCGUCCCAUAAUCUGUCCACCACAAAGUCUUCCCGGACGCCAAAGUCUCCUGGAUUACAAACAGGAAAUUCUCGGCCAAAGACUCCAACGAUGAAUAGCAGUAGCUCGAAACUGUCGACGCCAGGAACUACACUGGUCCGACCCAACAGUACAACACCAGCCAGACCCAACAGUACGACACCAAACACAUCUCGAAGUACAACACCAGUUGCACAGAGGAUGGGUGCACAACGGCGCCUGCCAACCACACCAAAGUCUUCAACCCCAAAGACCCCCCUUCGUCCCAGAACCCCAACGGCACACAGAUAACAUCUAAAAAAUCUGUAACAUGUGAAAGGUUUUUUUGUUUUACCAACUCAUUUGGACAUGAAGAUGUAAUUAGUAAAGAUAUUUUAUACACCCAGCUCAUAUCUGAAAUGGUUGCUGUAAAUACUGUUUUAUAUAUACACAGGUAUAUAUGUAUAUAUAUGAAAUAGGAUGUACUAGAGAGAUGUCUUGUAUCAAUGAAAUAUUACACACAUUCUAUCACAUAUAUGUAUAUAUAUACACACACACACACACAUACAUACAUACAAAGUUGUUUGAUCCUAAGGUCAUUCAGUGCUGUGCCAAUUUAGCAGAACUUCUGCAAUUCACACUCCAGAUAUUUCUCACAGACAUUCUCUCUCAAUUUCCAUAUUUUCAAUGUUUUAACCAAUUAAAUUUAUCCAAUUCAGAACAUUAGUUGUGGUUAGUGCAACAAUUUAAUUCAACUAAUUAAUCAAUACAAUAAUUAGUACAAUGACAUAGAUUUUAAAAAAUGAUAAUCACAUGAAAUAUUAUUCCUUAGGGUGGUGGGUUAGAAGAAUAUUUAGAGCUAUGAGCAAAAUGCUGCAUAUUGGGCUAUACCAGUCAUAUACUGAGGUGAUGGAAUUAAGUAUUAAGGCACUGUAGUUUUAAGAAGUAAAAUAUAAAUGGUCUUACCGUGAUUACUUUUUACUUUGAAGAUUUUUAGUUCAAAUCACACCAGGGUCGACUCUGCCUUUCAUCCUUCCAAGGAUAAAUACCUGUGAAAUGUUGGAGUUGAUCCAAUCAAUUGUGACCCUUACUUUACAAUUUUAAGCUUAGUGCCACUGUGAGAAAUAGCAAUAAUAGUAAUUAUUAUUCAUCUUGUAUUUUGGUAGAUUUAUGGCAGUGUAGAAUUAAAGAUUCCACAUUUCAUCUUUUACAAAAAAUUUUAUCAGAAUCCAAAAUAUUGAUAUCUAUUUGCAGAAAUCUGUAAAGUGUUUAGAAAUAGUAAAGAAAUUACUUAGGAGAAGAAAUAUUUAAGAAACUACUUUAUGAUACAACCACCACAGAUAUUUGUUUUUUUUUAAUUUUUAUCUCCAACUAUUUAUAUUUUCUCUAAUAGAAUUAACAUUAUAUAUGUAUAAACAUAUAUAAACAUACCACACACACAUGAAAAAACUUUUUUUUCAUGUUGUACAUAUGUGAUAUUUUCUUCCAAAUCUCUUUUAUAAUAUCAGUGAAUCAGAAUGAAUGAACCAACUUCGAAAAUGGUGCAAAAAACAUCCAUAACUCUCCACUAAUUUAUAUAUCCACACACCCGUUCUCCUUUUGGUCUUUUUUACCUUUUUAUUAAUUUAUCAACUUCUUCAGCCUUAUACCACCAUAAAUGUUUACAUGAGUUUUCUUCUGUUUAUCUAUAAUAACACACUGAAUCUUGUAAAUUAUUUUGUUAUCACACAAUUCAAUUUCAAAUCUAUUUUUUAAUUGAGUUGGGGGCUGAAUUACAAAAAUGAAACAAAACAAAAAAAGUGGGUUUUUUUUUUUUUUAAUUUAUAUAUUUUUGUAAUUUAUUUCUUGUAUUCUAAAUAUUAGAUCAGCUGAGAUGAUGGGUUAUGCGCUCUGGGAAACAAUUUUAUAUCCAGAGGAACAAUUGAUGGGAGGGGGCUCUAAAAAACAGAAACAUUCCAUUUUUAAUGUAUAUUAAGCUUCAGGUUUCGUUCUUCAAUUUUAACAAAUCUUUAUCUUCAUUACAAGUACAGUAAUUAAUCCAAAUAAUUUUAAUUUGCUCAAGUUUUAACAUUUUUAUUUGAAAAAAAAAAAUGAACCUUGUUAGAUAUGUGUGUUAGAUAUAUCUAACAGUAAUGAGGUUUUAAAACAUUUGAGCAGCUUUGAUAUAACUGUUUUAAAGAAGCCUUUUGAAUACUCAAAAUUAUUUAAAUUGUAAAAGCGAGAACUUGUUUUCGAUAAGUUGCUGGGAAUUUAGUUACCUUCUUGUGUUAUUGGUUCUAAGCCAAUGUUAUGCUUUGCUAUGUAAAAAAAAAAGACAAAAAACAAAAUCGGUAUUAAGAAACUGUCAAUUAACUUUCGGCUUACACAGAAAUUGAUUUGAAUUUCCAUGCUCAACUCCAGACCAUGCCAAGACUAGCAGGAAGGGAUUUCUGAGGAAUACAUUGAGCCUACCUUCAGUAUUACUAGAUUCCUGUCAAAACAAACAAAAUUCAAUGAGUUUCAAUUGUUUCGCAAAACGGCGCCAAUUCUUGUGAUAAUUUGGACCAAUCUUUAGUUACCUUCAAUAAAUAUCAACACAAUAAGUUAUAUUCCAAGAAAUAAUCUUUUAAAAUACUUUUACAUGAGUAAAAACGUGUGAUAUUUUCCCUGGCCAAAUUUAAUUCAUUCAUUUUUUUUAUUAUUAUUAUUAUUAUUAUUUUUCCUUUUGAUACUGCAGAAAAAGAAAGUUUUAAAUUGUGAUUCACAGGUUAUCUGCAUUUCAAAAAGACAGAAUCUGCUAACUCUACCGAUAUUUCUAACUAAAAGAUCAACUCCAUUAAUAGCAAAAAUAUUUGUCUCCCUAAAUAUCAUUUUAUUAAAUAUUUCAAUAUCAUUAAAUAUUUCAAAAAAUUUUCUAAAUUUUCUUUUCUCUUAUCCAUAAAUAAUCUUUUCUAAAUGUCCACUCUUAACAGUCCAUGUCCAUUCUGACCCGUGUCCACUACAACUGUAUUUAUUCUUUAACCUAACCACUAACAAUACUAGAAUCCGAAUUCUCAUUCUGGAACCAGAUUUUUUCCUUUCACUGACCAUCUCCAGUAGUUUGGCCAACUCUCUCUUUCUAAUGACCUUUGAAACAUGUCCAAACCUUAAAGGUCAUCAAAUUUAGUUUACUAGUGCCUGCAGAUGACCAAGAUGGAACAGUGAAAUACAAAGAUGUUAGUCUGUCACUCUCAGCAGUUAGUGUUUCUUCAUACCAGUUUUUACAACGGUGUUCUCCAUUCCAUGUCAAAAAUGAGGUCGAUCUUUUGUUUUAAAGUUCCGUCCAACUCAUGUUCACAUAGAAAAAGGGAGACGCAAGCAUUUUUUUUUUUAAACUAAUGUGAAAACUUAAGAUUGUUUUCAUAAUUAUUUUGACAUUUUUGAUAAUUUUUUUUUUUUUUUACAAAAUAUUUUAAAACAUUCUGUGAAACUGUUUUGGUAGUAUUUUCAUCUGCCUCAACAAUCCUUAAAGUUAUUUGUAACCAACUUAAACAGGAAAUAUCUCUACAAAAUUCACCAGAAGAAAAAAAAACAUUUAACAAAGAAUUUGUUGGUCAUUUCCAAUUUAACCUCUUUGGUGUGGGAUGGGGGAAAAGAAUUCUAGGAAGAUUUCAAGGGGGUGGGGAAACGAACUUUCAUUGUAAAUCAGGAACUGUUUAUUGGUAUGUCUGUUAAGUGAACUACAGAUGAACUAUAACAGCAAAUUAUUGGUAUAUCUGUUCAGUUGUAAAAGUUUUCUGUAUAAAGAUCAGCAAUUAAAAUAUAUAAAAUGCA